AUGCAACAGCCCGGCUUUCAGCAAGUAGACCGUAACUGGCUAUGGGGAGUGUUUCAGAGGAUCGACCGUGAUCGCAGUGGCAAAAUAUCUUGCGACGAGCUGCAGAGUGCGCUGUCGAACGGAACAUGGGCGCCAUUCAACCCUGAAACGGUUCGUCUGAUGAUCGGUAUGUUCGAUCGUAGCGGCGAUGGUAUGAUCAAUUUCGAAGAAUUUUAUGCCUUAUGGAACUACAUAACCGAGUGGACGAACACUUUUCGACGCUUCGACACUGACAGCUCAGGCAACAUUGACAAAAGUGAACUGUUAACUGCUCUUUCCUCUUUCGGCUAUCGUCUGUCAGUGCCAUUCUACGAUUUGUUGAUCAUGAAGUUCAACCGAAGUGGUGUCGGAAGUAUAUAUUUUGACGACUUUAUACAGAUGUGCAUAGUGCUGCAGACAUUAACCGCCGCAUUCCGACAGAAAGACACAGACCUUGACGGAUGGAUACGUAUCAGCUAUGAAGAAUUUCUUACGAUGGUUUUUUCCUUGAAAAUGUAA